AUGGACGACUAUAAUCCUAUAAACAGUCUUCCUACAGAAAUCACAUUGAGCAUAUUUUCUAGGUUACCGGGUGAGUCGGUAUUAGAUUGUAAACUUGUAUGCAGAGCUUGGAGAAAUUUCUUACAGUUUCAUGUUAAUACUCCUUACUUUGUGUAUCAGCAUCUGCAGCGACAACGUGGUUAUGUUCCUCAUGGACUAGUACAGCAUCAGCAGCAUAAGCCGUCUGAUUCUGAGACGAUGAGUUUCGUGGCCUUUGACAGAUACACCCGAGUUUUCUGGUAUUUGGAGUACCACGAUAACGGUGAUAGAAAUAGUGACAAGCGGCCUAAUAACUACCGCAUAAAGACAAUCAACAUGAAAUUUCCGGCAGACAGGUGUGUAAAACGAAUACUAGGACUAGUUGGUUCAGAUAAUGGAUUGAUUUGCUUAUCACUCAAGUUGCCGCCCGAAUACAUUGUCAUCCCUGCAUACCAGAAUAAGGUGGUACACAGUCCUGAAACUUUAUGCAUCUGUAAUCCCAUUACUAGAGAAUUCGUGACUCUUCCAGGGAUACUGAUCGACAAGAAAAGAAGCGUUGAUGAUGAUGUUCACAUUGUGCAUGGAUUCGGCUACCACGCUUUAACUAAUGAGUAUAAGGUCGUUAGAAUUUGUUAUGUAGGAGACCGGAAAACACCCUCCUACAGAGGACAGGCAGAGGUAUAUACAAUUGGAAGUGGUUGCGGCUGGAGAAGUGUGGCAGAAACCAACUUAAGGCCGAGGUAUAUCGGAGAUCCUACAGGUGUGUGUUUUGAUGGGGAUCUUCAUUGGAUGUGUGAUGAUUCCGCGAAUAUUAUGAUCUUUGAUUUGGCGACUGAGAAGUUCCACUUUCUCAUUGCCCCAACUGAGCAGAUACAUGACGCAAGAAGAAUCUAUGUUAUGAGAGGGUGUUUGUGUUAUGAAUACUAUGACCCCACUGAUGGACUGCUGCAAUUGUGGUUUUUAAAGAAGUAUUACAAGUCAUGGAGUUGGAGAAUAGAGUUCAUGAUACCAUUAGAAAUGCUACACUACAUAAGAUUUUUUAUGUUUUCCAUUACAAAGAUGAGUGAAAUUUUACUGAUAAACAAUGGUCGAGAUCAAGUCCUUGGUUAUCCUAGCCAGAGAACAGAAAUAUCACAAAAGGGUUUCAAGUUGGAUGCAACAACGGAUUUGACGGUACCACUACCAUACAUCAACACCUUUGUCUCUUUGGAAGCAUUAGGAGAAAGAAAUGUAAAGAAAUUUGCAGCAGAAAGAUCGAUGUGCAAAGACAAGCAAGAGUCAUUUGACGUCGACAGACCAGUAUCGCCGGCAGGCCUCCUGAGACAGACAAAGAAACCGCGCAAAUCUAAAGAUAUAGAUUAA